GGCUCCUGCGUGGUGGGACGGCGGCGUGCGCGGCUGCUCAGCUCUCAGCGCUCCGAGCGCCAGCCGCCAGCAUGGACGCUCGCCGCGUGCGGCAAAAGGAUCGCAGAGCAAAGAAGAACUUCAAGAAAUUCAGAUAUGUGAAGUUGAUUUCCAUGGAAACCUCGUCAUCCUCUGAUGACAGUUGUGACAGCUUUGCUUCUGAUAAUUUUGCAAACACAAAACCUAAAUUCAGGUCAGAUAUCAGUGAAGAACUGGCAAAUGUUUUUUAUGAGGACUCUGAUAAUGAAUCUUUCUGCGGCUUUUCAGAAAGUGAGGUGCAAGAUGUGUUAGACCAUUGUGGAUUUUUACAGAAACCAAGGCCAGAUGUCACUAACGAACUGGCCAGUAUUUUUCAUGCCGACUCUGAUGAUGAAUCGUUUUGCGGUUUCUCAGAGAGUGAGAUACAAGAUGGAAUGAGGCUGCAGGCAGACCACGCAGGCUGUCGGACCCGCAGUCAGUGCAGAAGUUCCGGACCUCUCCGGGUGGCCAUGAAGUUUCCAACUCGAAACACCAGGGGAGCAGCCAGUGAGAGAGCAGCACCCCCCGAACCCUCAGAGAAUUCUGUGACCGAUUGCAAUUCUGAUUCAGAAGAUGAAAGUGGCAUGAAUUUUUUGGAGAAAAGGGCUUUAAAUAUAAAGCAAAACAAAGCAAUGCUUGCAAAACUAAUGUCAGAAUUAGAAAGCUUCCCUGGCUCCUUCCCUGGAAGGCGUUCCCUGCCAUGCUCCAGUUCACGUCCAAAGACACCCCGAAGGCGCACCUUCCCAGGUGUCGCCUGCAGGAGAAACCCUGAGCGGAGAGCUCGUCCUCUCACCAGGUCAAGGUCUCGGGUCCUUGGGUCACACAGUGCCCUGCCCACGGAGGAGGAGGAGGAGGAGGAGGAAGAGGAAGAGGAGGAGGAGGAGGAGGAGGAGGAGGAGGAUAAGUACAUGUUGGUGAGAAAGAGGAAGCCCAUGGCCGGCUUCGUGAACGAAGAUGACAUGCCCCGAAGUCGUCGCCCCGGAACCAUGACCCUUCCCCAUGUAAUUCGCCCAGUGGACGAAAUCACGGAGGAAGAAUUGGACAACAUCUGCAACAACUCUCGAGAGAAGAUCUAUAACCGUUCAUUGGGAUCGACUUGUCAUCAGUGCCGUCAGAAAACUAUGGAUACCAAGACAAACUGCAGAAACCCAGAGUGCUGGGGCAUUCGAGGCCAGUUCUGCGGGCCCUGCCUUCGAAACCGUUACGGUGAAGAAGUCAGGGAUGCUCUGCUAGACCCAAGCUGGCACUGCCCACCGUGUCGCGGGAUCUGCAACUGCAGCUUCUGUCGGCAGAGAGAUGGGCGGUGUGCAACUGGGGUGCUCGUGUACUUAGCCAAGUACCACGGCUUCGGGAACGUGCAUGCUUACUUGAAAAGUCUAAAACAGGAGUUUGAAAUGCAAGCAUAAUAAUUGGAAGAUCCACUACCUGCCUUCCACUUCACAAAUCUUCCUUGUUUUGAAGUUUUCAAUUUUGUCAUGUGAUUGAAACCCGAGUUUAAGAAUUCUGAUGAUCAGUCUGUCUUAUAGGCAAAUCAGGUUAACCUCAUUAGACAUGCACACGUGUCUGGGCGUCACGGGGGUGUAGUGCCAGCUGUACUCUGCCCUCCUGCAGUUUCUCCCUUGCAUUUCCCCUCACCCCUCAUCCCAUGCCAUCCCCCUCUUAACUCCAGUGGUACUCUUCCAUUAGUUAGUUUCAGAAUCCUUUUUUGUU